UGCAAACACAAGGGCAGAAUAAACGCACACUUUAUUAUUGAUUCAAACUUCAACUUUCUAGCCGCUAGAUUCCUACGCAAGCUUUAGGGUUUGUUUUAGCGACAGUUUGCUCAGCUGAUGGUUUUAUCGGAGCAACAAUGCAGAGAAUAAAGUGUUUUAAAAGCACCUGGAAGUUGAUGAAUUGGAGCUGCGAGAGUGCAGGACAACCACUUAAAACAUUGCGUUAUACUUCCAGGAAUUACAGCCAGCUGCCUCCACAAGCCUCAUUUGGUCUCCUCUUCGACAUCGACGGGGUGCUGGUGCGAGGCGGCACGCCGAUCCCUGCGGCCAAGCAAUGUUUCCGGAACCUGGUGGACCGCCGAGGCAAAUACAAAGUUCCCGUGGUGUUCGUCACCAAUGCUGGAAACUGCAUGAGGCAAACCAAAGCAGAGCAUCUUUCACAUAUGCUUGACGUGGAGGUGUCGCCAGACCAGGUGAUGUUGUCCCACAGUCCUUUGCGAAUGUUUACACAGUUUCACCAAAAGUGCGUGCUGGUGUCAGGACAAGGUCCUGUUGAAGAGGUGGCUCACAAACUGGGCUUCCAGAAUGUUGUCACCAUAGAUAAUCUCAGAGAGGCGUAUCCUCUUCUUGAUGUGGUGGAUCACGACAGGAGACCCAAAGGCCGAAUUCCACCCACCAAAGGCUUACAAAGGCCAAUAGAUGCUGUCAUUUUAUUUGGUGAGCCCAUCAGAUGGGAGACCAACCUCCAGCUAUUCGUUGAUGUCCUUCUAACUCACGGAAACCCAGGCAGGAAUUGGAAUUCCGUGCAGUACCCUCACAUCCCAGUGCUGGCCUGUAACAUGGACCUGCUCUGGAUGGCUGAGGCCAAAAAUCCUAGGUUUGGUCAUGGCAUGUUCCUGGUGUGCUUGGAGAGUGUGUACAAGAAAGUCACAGGUCAUGACCUCAAGUAUGAGGCUUUGAUCGGUAAACCCAGCGUGGUGACUUAUAAUUACGCUGAGUUGCUGGUGAGGCAGCAGGCUGAGAGACUUGGGUGGGCCACGCCUGUGAAGAGGCUGUACGCAAUCGGUGAUAACCCUAUGGCCGACAUAUACGGCGCCAACCUCUACAACCGCUACCUCAAGGCUGCUCAGCAUUUUCAGACGAAAGCUAACCGGAACGGAGCUAGUGCUCAAUCUGUUGACGACGGGCCCGCAAUGACAUCAGCCGAAUUGGGCGGAGCGCCCGGCGUAUUCGCGGCAGGUGUGGAUCUCCCCGAGGCGUGCCGCUCCAUUCUGGUUUGCACGGGAGUGUACAGCAAAGACCAGAAGGAGCUGCCACCAGACACCACACAAACUGUGACCCGACAGCACAUCUUCCACGGCCAUAGGGACUUCGGCUUUGACCCUAGCCUCACACAGCCUUCCUUUUUGGUGGAGGAUGUCAAAGAUGCUGUUGAGCUGGUGUUCCAGCAGGAGGAAUGGCCACUGAAUUAGUUGACACAUUAAUUACUUUUAAGGGUCUUUCUUUACUGUAGUUUUUUCUCACUAAACACAUUUUUAUGAAAUUUCAACAGUGUGAUAAAGUUGGUGUUUAUCACUGUUUGUACACGGUUUUCCCUUUCUUAUAUAUAUAUAUAUAUAUAUAUACACACACACAUUUACAUAUACAUUUUUACACAUAUACAUACAGUAUAUAUAUACACACACACACACAUAUAUAUAUAUAUAUAUAUAUAUAUAUAUAUAUAUAUAUAUAUAUUAAUUUUUUUGUCGAUUUUUGAAAAUUAUGACUCAAUUUAGAUUUGGAAAGGAUAAGAAUUGUGAUUCUGAUGUAGAACAUUUUUUUGGAGCACCUUUAAUCCCCAUGUGAGUACAGGACCACCUGAAUGUGAGCCAACAGUGCAAACUACAUUCAACACAGUGCUGCUCAAGCUGAAAGAUGCUAAUAUUUCAUAGUUCAGGUCACCAAAACUGUCUCUGCAUAACGUGAGAGAAUCCCUCUCAUACGAGUUAGUUUUGGCCCUUACUUGUUUCUAAAAUGUCUGCCUCAAGAUGGUGAAAGCAAUACCGGACACAUCAAUGUGGUAGGGAAAAAAAAUCCAACUGGAAAAGUUUAGUUUUUUUCAUAGACCACUCACCGUUCUAUAUGUGUUUAAAAUGCAGCUGUAUUCACUUCUAACUGAUGCAACAUCAAAAAAAUUGAGACUUUCCCAUUCUGACUUGAUUUAGCUGAUAAAAAAACACAUUUUAAUAACUGUCAGAAUCAUUGUGAAAUACACUUAAAACCCCAAAAGUAAAACAUUUGAGGUACACCACUUUGUGUUCCACAUAUCAGUCGUAUCGGCUAGUAAGUCAUGUUUGGCAUAUUAAAGAUGGCAGUGUUGUUUUA